CCUCACUAAAGUUUCUACUAAAGCGAAUACUGUAGAUUUCCAUCCCUUUUUAAAGAACAGUAGGUGGAGCUAUUUAAAGUAUAAAAACGAAAUAUCCUUUCUGGGAGUUCAAGAUUGUGCAGUAAUUGGUUACGACUCUGAGCGCCGCUGUUCACCAAUCCGGGAGAGAAAAGUGGAGAUCCUGCUCGCCUUGCACGCGCCCAAAGCACAAAGCAGAUAGGAAUGAACCAUCUCUGGGACUAUGAGGAAACAACGGAGGAGCUCUGACUCCCCAACUGCCCCAUUCUAGGGGUGAAAGAACUGCUCCUCACUUCAGUGGUUAAAGGCAGAAUUGAAAAUAAUUCUGAAGGAAGGUGACAAUGAUUCCUGCGCGACUGCACGGGGACUGCAAAGGGCUGAUCCUGCUGGGAGUUCUCCUGGGGACCCUGUGGGAGACUGGAUGCACCCAGAUACGCUAUUCAGUUCCGGAGGAGCUGGAGAAAGGCUCUAGGGUGGGCGACAUCUCCAGGGACCUGGGGCUGGAGCCCCAGCAGCUGGCGGAACGCGGAGUCCGCAUCGUCCCCAGAGGUAGGACGCAGCUUUUUGCCCUGAACCCACACAGCGGCAGCUUGGUCACUGCGGGCAGGAUAGACCGGGAGGAGCUCUGUAUGGGGGCUGUCAAGUGUCAAUUAAAUCUUGACAUUCUGAUGGAGGAUAAAGUGAAAAUAUAUGGAGUGGAAAUAGAAGUAAGGGACAUUAACGACAAUGCUCCUUACUUUCGUGAAAGUGAAUUAGAAAUAAAAAUGAGUGAAAACGCAGCCACUGGGAUGCUGUUCCCUCUACCCCACGCCUGGGAUCCGGAUAUCGGGAAGAACUCUCUCCAGAGCUACGAGCUCAGCCCGAAUACUCACUUCUCCCUGGUCGUGCAAAAUGGAGCCGACGGCAAUAAGUACCCGGAAUUGGUGCUGGAACGCGCCCUGGACCGCGAAGAAAAGGCCGCUCACCACCUGAUCCUCACGGCUUCCGACGGGGGAGAUCCGGUGCGCACAGGCACCGCGCGCAUCCGCGUGAUGGUUAUGGAUGUGAACGACAACGCACCAGCGUUUGCUCAGUCCGAGUACCGCGCGAGCGUUCCGGAGAAUGUGGCCUUGGGAACGCAGCUGCUGGUAGUCAACGCCACCGACCCUGAUGAAGGAGUCAAUGGGGAAGUGAGGUAUUCCUUCCGGUAUGUGGACGACAAGGCGGCCCAAAUUUUCAAACUAGACUAUAAUUUAGGGAUAAUAUCAACAAUAGCAGAGUUGGACCACGAGGAGUCAGGAUUCUACCAGAUGGAAGUGCAAGCAAUGGAUAACGCAGGAUAUUCUGCACGCGCCAAAGUCCUGAUCACUGUUCUGGACGUGAACGACAAUGCCCCGGAAGUGGUCCUCACCUCUCUCACCAGCUCGGUUCCUGAAAACUCUCCCAGAGGGACAUUAAUUGCCCUUUUAAAUGUAAAUGACCAAGAUUCUGAGGAAAACGGACAGGUGAUCUGUUUCAUCCAAGGAAAUCUGCCCUUUAAAUUAGAAAAAUCUUACGGAAAUUACUACAGUUUAGUCACAGACAUAGUCUUGGAUAGGGAACAGGUUCCUAGCUACAACAUCACAGUGACCGCCACUGACCGGGGAACCCCGCCCCUGUCCACGGAAACUCACAUCUCGCUGAACGUGGCAGACACCAACGACAACCCGCCGGUCUUCCCUCGGGCUUCCUAUUCCGCCUAUAUCCCAGAGAACAAUCCCAGAGGCGCUUCCCUCGUCUCUAUGACCGCCCACGACCCCGACUGUGAGGAGAACGCCCAGAUCACUUAUUCCCUGGCUGAGGACACCAUCCAAGGGGCGCCCCUAUCGUCCUACGUGUCCAUCAACUCCGACACUGGGGUACUGUAUGCGCUGCACUCCUUCGACUACGAGCAGUUCCGGGACUUGCAAGUGAAAGUGAUGGCGCGGGACAACGGGGACCCGCCCCUCAGCAGCAAUGUGUCACUGAGCCUGUUCGUGCUGGAUCAGAACGACAAUACGCCCGAGAUCCUGUACCCCGUCUUCCCCACAGAUGGUUCCACCGGAGUGGAGCUGGCGCCCCGCUCCGCAGAGCCCGGCUACCUGGUGACCAAGGUGGUGGCGGUGGACAGAGACUCGGGCCAGAACGCCUGGCUGUCCUACCGCCUGCUCAAGGCCAGCGAGCCCGGACUCUUCGCGGUGGGGCUGCACACGGGCGAGGUGCGCACGGCGCGGGCCCUGCUAGACAGAGACGCGCUCAAGCAGAGCCUCGUGGUGGCCGUCCAGGACCACGGCCAGCCCCCUCUCUCGGCCACCGUCACGCUCACCGUGGCCGUGGCCGACAGCAUCCCCGAAGUCCUGGCGGACCUCAGCAGCCUCGAGUCUCCAGCUAAUUCUGGAACCUCAGACCUCACGCUGUACCUGGUGGUGGCGGUGGCCGCGGUCUCCUGCGUCUUCCUGGCCUUCGUCAUCGUGUUGCUGGCGCUCAGGCUGCGGCGCUGGCACAAGUCACGCCCGCUGCAGGCUUCGGGAGGCGGCUUGAUAGGAGCGUCGACGUCGCACUUUGUGGGCGUGGACGGGGCGCGGGCUUUCCUGCAGACCUAUUCCCACGAGGUCUGCCUCACCGCGGACUCGCGGAAGAGUCACCUGAUCUUCCCCCAGCCCAACUAUGCGGACACGCUUAUCAGCCAGGAGAGCUGUGAGAAAAGCGAGCCCCUUUUGCUGUCAGGUGAUUCGGUAUUUUCUAAAGACAGUCAUGCAUUAAUUCAGCAAGCCCCGCCCAACACGGACUGGCGUUUCUCUCAGGCCCAGAGACCCGGCACCAGCGGCUCCCAAAAUGGCGAUGACACCGGCACCUGGCCCAACAACCAGUUUGACACAGAGAUGCUGCAAGCCAUGAUCCUGGCGUCCGCCAGCGAAGCUGCUGAUGGGAGCUCCACCCUGGGAGGGGGUGCCGGCACCAUGGGCUUGAGCGCCCGCUACGGACCCCAGUUCACCCUGCAGCAUGUACCCGACUACCGCCAGAACGUCUACAUCCCAGGCAGCAAUGCCACACUGACCAACGCAGCUGGCAAGCGGGAUGGCAAGGCCCCAGCAGGUGGCAAUGGCAACAAGAAGAAGUCGGGCAAGAAGGAGAAGAAGUAACGUGGAGGCCAGGCCAAGAGCCACAGGGCAGCCUCCCCCCCAACCAGCCCAGCUUCUCCUUACCUGUACCCAGGCCUCAGAGUUUCAGGGCUCACCCCCAGAAUACUGGUAGAGGCCAAGGCCAUGCUCCCCUUGGGAAACAGAAACAAGUGCCCAGUCAACACCCACCCCCUUUUGCCCCCAGGGGGUUGAAUAUGCAAAGGGAGUUCUGCUGGGAACCCCCAUCCAAUCAAUUGCUGUACCCAUGGGGGUAGUGAGGUUAGGGUAGACAGUAAGAACCAUUUGCCACACCCCCUUUGGUUACAGCUGAACUCCUGCAUCUUCCAAAUCAAUCAGGCCCAUCCAUCCCCUGCCUCUCUCCUCUCCACCCUACCCCACUCCAACAGUUCCUCUCUCUUGAGUAAGGUGGUUGGGGUGUUGAGGUACCAGGUAACCUACAAGGCUCUUCGUGCUGAAGACUUGGAAAGGCAUCAUGACCUCUUGGCCUCUCUUUUGUCAGUCUUCCCCCAAAGCAUGGUUUGGUGCCAGCCCCCUCGCCUCCUUCCAGAGCCUGAGAUCAAUGCUCAUAUUUUGGAGGACAUGGUCACCAUCCCCAUGGUACUGAUGCUUGCUGGAUUUAGGGAGGGCAUUUUGCUACCAAGCCUCUUCCUGCCACCCUGGGGACCAGUCUUCUGUUUUGUUUUGGUUUUCAUUGUUUGACAUUCCCACUGCAUGCUGUGACUUCCCCCACUCCUCCUCAAACAAGAGACUCUACUGCAUGUUCUAAGACGGUAUGGGAUGGUAAGAUAAAGUAGGGAAGUAUGUGGAUGUGGAUGGUGGGGGCAUGGACAAAGCUUGACACAUCAAAGCAGCAGGGCCUUGCGGGAGGCUCUGUAUGUCCCCAGGGGACUGACAAGAUCCUCCAAAUUUCAGCCAUAAACCAAGAACUAGGCUGGACCAUCCCCACUACAUAUAGGGCUCAGCCCAGGCAGCCAGCUUUGGGCUGAGCUACCAGGACCAAUGGAUUAAACUGGCAUUUCAGUCUAAGAAAGCUCAAAGCAGGUUUAGGACCAGAUCCCCUGGAGAGGUCAGAGGGACCUCUGUGGGUGCUGGGUACUCCAGAGGUGCCACUGGUGGAAGGGUAGUGGAGCCCCAGCAGGUAGGGUGCAGGCCGGCCAGGCCAUUCUUAGUCCCUGGGUUAGCAGGCAGGGACCAAAUGAACAGAAAGUCUCAGUCCAGAAUGGGGCUUCUCCCCAGGGCCCCUGCCCUCCUCAAGCCUCUGACUUUCACCUUACCAGGUGCCAUUUCUUCUCCGAGAAGGCCACUGCCCAGGCCCCCAGUGCGCCCCCUAGUGGCCGUAGCCUGGUUAAAGUUCCCCAGUGCCUCCUUGUGCAUAGACCUUCCUCUCCCACCCGCUUCUGCCCCCGGGGCCCCGGCCAUCCAGCGGGGCUGCCAGAGAGCCCCAGACCUGCCCUUACAGUAGUGUAGAGCCCCCUCUCCCUCUUUCGGCUGGUGUAGAAUAGCCAGUAGUGUAGUGCGGUGUGCUUUUACGUGAUGGCGGGUGGGUAGCGGGCGGCGGGCUCCGCGCAGCCGCCUGUCCUUGAUCUGCCCGCGGCGGCCCGUGUUGUGUUUUGUGCUGUGUCCACGCGCUGCGGCGACCCCCUCCCCCAUACUCACUCCUCCUAUAAGCGCUUCUCUUCGCAUAGCCACGUAGCUCCCACCCCACCCUCUUCCUGUGUCUCACGCAAGUUUUAUACUCUAAUAUUUAUAUGGCUUUUUUUCUUCGACAAAAAAAUAAUAAAAAGGUUUCUUCUGAAA